AUGCUGGCAAAAAGUUUCGCUUUUUUACUUCUACUACCUUUUGCAGCUGCUCAAUUUGUGAGUGACUACUCAUAUUCUCAGUAUCCCCAAAACUACUACCCUCAAAAUGGACCGCCACAAGAUCCAGUUGAUGCUCGUUUCCGACUCCUCGAAGCCCAGGUGUCCGGGCUGACGAAGAAGGUCGAACACCUUGAAGGCGUCGUUCGUGACCUGACCACCGCGAUGCACGACGAUUGGGUGAACAGCGACUCGGGCAGCAAGUACAAGAUUUUCGAGCUGAGAAGAAGCUGGGAUGAUGCGACGAGCACGUGCAAGACGUACAACGCCCGCCUUGCCGUCAUCGACGGCGUGGAGAAGAACACUUUUGUUAGAGAAUUGAUGAAGAACACCACGUCAAAUGUUGAUUUUGCCUGGAUUGGCAUGAGAACUAGGGCUGAAGUCGCUUCUCAACCGGCGAAGUACACCAAUUUUGAUGCCGAUACGCAGAUCUCCGGAUGUGCUGUAAUCGAUCGAGCUGGACUCUGGUCGAUCAGAAGCUGCAAUCAGCUGCGCCCUUUCGUCUGCCAACAAGUUAACGUCUUC